ACAUCGACAGGUUGGGUCUGAAGCACGACGAAGCCGGAAGAAACCCGGAAGUUAUCAGACCAGGUACUAGCGAAGUUCAAGCUACAUCAGCGGUUUCUUUCAAUUGCGUUUCAUAUCAACUAUAUAUAUUUUUUUAAAAAUGCCUGAAAUGCAGACAAAGAGGAUCCAAGCUGUGAAAACCAGCGCCAGUGAUGGUCUUGAUGGUUUCAAGGCCCAUUCAGUGUUUCAAGAAAUUAACAAAAAGCUGCAAGAGGAGGGAGAGCAGUUCGUGAAGAAGAUUGGUGGAGUGUUUGCCUUCAAAGUCAAAGAUGGCCCAGAUGGAAAAGAGGCGACUUGGUUCGUGGAUGUGAAGAACGGCAAUGGCUGUGUUCACAACGACACAGACAAAAAAGCCGAUUGCACCAUACACAUUACAGACACAGACUUGUUGGCAUUGAUGACGGGAAAGAUGAACCCUCAGACUGCGUUUUUCCAGGGCAAGCUGAAAAUCACCGGGAACAUGGGAUUGGCCAUGAAGCUCCAGAACCUGCAGCUGCAGCCCGGCAAAGCCAAGCUGUAGAUGACACGCUGGAUUAGAUUAUGCUUCGUGGAGAACUGAGCAGCGUUGUGGAUGCUGAGCUUCUCCCUGGGCUGAGGCAUUUCCCAGUUACCGACCUCCCUGAGUGAGCGGGGGAUUUAUCUGCACCCCCACAAGUCAUGAAAUAACUAGAUAAAGAGAUGAGGAACUUUCUAAUAAAGUAUUUUCAAUCUAGCGCAGAUAUUAUUUUUGACUGUUUGAGUAGAGCUGAUUGAUAAUGUUUGGAUACACGCACAUGUAAGUGCCUCCUUGUGUCGAGAGUCACAGGUCUUUCCCUGAACGUAUCCCCUUCUCUACGGUGUUGUAACAGCGCACCUCUUGUAUUAACUAUCAUGUGCAUCAAUCUUAAAACAACGUCUUUGUACUAAGUGAAUGAUCUGGUUUGGUGGGUGGUCUUGAGAUCGCACACAUCCUCUGGCGUGGUUAUGUAAGAGCCGUGAUUGAACUCCCGCCAUUGAUAUCGUGCAUCUUAUG